GGCAACUUGCGCUGCAUACGUCAUGAUGUGUUUAAAGGCAGAAACGUGCGGGCUUGGGUGUUGCUGGGGGACACAUGAUUUAGGAGACCUGAGGGGGUGGGGGCCGAGGAAGGGGGGAUGCGGGGGCGGACUUGCCUAUUUAUUGUGUGUAUUUUUCUAUACUGCUGGCACAGCCCUCCUCGGAAGUACUGCAUAUACGAGAUUUGUGCUGAUCCUCCUCAGAACUCUCAUUUCUAUAUUCUUAAAGUCCGAGAGAAGAGGGCCGGGGAUGUAACUCAGUGGCAUAAGUGCUUGCCUGGCAAGCCUGAGGUCAUGAGUUCAAUUCCCAGUACAAAAACAAAAACAGAAAGUCCAAGAGAAGGAUGUGCAUAGCACUAGCAGGUGCCGGGCUUUACCCCUCCCUCCAGAAUGUUUGUGGUUUUUCCUAAAAUAGCCCCCCUUUUCCUGCUGUUCCGCUCCCGUCCAGGUUCUCUCUCCCUCUCCCCUCAGUGUCCCCCUCGUCUCUCUGCCGAGGGCCCUCCCAACAAACGUCCCAUCGCUGCUGCCGUCCGUGCUGAGCACUGCUGCGGGAGAGCUGUCUUGGCUCUUCCAGGGCCCCCAUUUGACUGUGUAGGCCCCCGGGCUCCCGUCAGUGUUACGACCCGGUCAGUCUUGCAGUACUGAGAAGUGACGGCAGUUCUGUGCGUGGCGUGCAGGGAGCACCCUCCGCCCCGCCUCUGCCCCCACUGGGCGCCGGGGGACGGGCCCUGCCAGUGCCUCCAUGUGGGCAGCAGCGCAGAGGAGUUUGUACAGGGCCUGGUACGCUGUGAGCGCUCAGUAGUGUCUGUUCCCAGGUACCCUGCGGGUCUGUUUGCAGACAGUCCAUUGUUUCUGACAGGUUUUUAAAAUAGCCUGUAAAACGUCAUCUGGAGCGGGACUUGCUGAGAAUUGAGUUUGUAAACAAUGGGAGGAAUGAAGCAGACUUGUCAGGCAUGGUGACUUAAGAUCAUCGUAACUAAAGCCCGGUGUGGUGGUGCACGCCUGUAAUUCCAGCACUUGGGAGGCUGAGGCAGGAGGAUCGCUGUGAGUUUGAAGCCAGCCUGGGCUACAUGGUUCAAGGGCAGCUGAGCUAUAUAUACAGCGAGACCCUGUCUCAAAACAAAGAUCAUCCUAACUAACAUAUGCUUCCUGUCUACAGGGUCAGUACUGGUAGAGAUCGUGAACACAAUUGCAGAGAGUAAAUGGUACUUUGUAUGCCAGGGGUUAUAAGCAAGGCCCCGAUACGAUAAGUAAUCCAAAUUGUUUUUAUUCGUUGUCGCUUGGGAUGAAUGGACCACAAAACAUGACUUCAGUAAAACUCUUGGUUGAUCUCCAAGUAAGCAAAAAUGUAUGCUGUGAAGAGUUUUCAUGAAGAAAUUAAAGAGAAAAGGUUAAAGCUGUAGAGAAACCAGGUAUUUGUAUACUGGAGAAACCAUCUAAAACAACGGGAUGGAGUAAGGCGAAAGGAAUGAAUACACCUGGGAAAUGUUUUACUGAGUUGUCACAGUUCUGUCCAUCUUCCGUAAGGAUGCCGUAGGGAAAAGAGAAUACAGUUUUAGAGAAUGCAAAAGUGUAGUGUAAAAAUGGAGGCCACGGUUUCUGAAAUUCAAGUAGAAAAUAAGGAUGAGAAGAGAGCUGCAGAAGUUAGCCCUCAAGAUGAGGGGCAGAAGGAGAGAACAUCGGUGCUUUGCUUCAAGAGAAGGAAGAAAGCAGCCAAGGUGCUGAAGCCCAAAACCGGCGCUGAGGCCGCUGCUGCGGCGAGGAAGGCUCCCCUAGAAGCAGGAGCUUCUGAUCAGCCACAGCGGCCAGGGGGUGCCUGGGCCUCGAUCAAAGGCCUGGUGACGCGUAGGAAAAGGUCGGAUCCUUCAAAGCAGCAGAAGCCAUCAGAGGCUCAAGUGCAACGUGAAAUAAAGGCCGAGGAUGCUGAUCUUUCUAAGAAAAAGGCCAAGUCCAGACUUAAGAUUCCCUGCAUAAACUUCUCAAGAGGGGCGCGAAAGAGUCAUCGUUCCAAAACUAUAGAAGACCCGGGCUGCAGUGUGAAAGGCCAGGGGCAGGCCGAAGCUUUGGCUGUACACACUCAGACGCAAUCCAAUGACCAGGCGACAAAGCCUAAGUCAACCCAAGGUCCCAGCGAAGGCGUCUCACAAAAAGACGGCGAUGAGUUCUGUGAGUCCAACGUGAGCAACAGCGUCGUGGCAGGAGAGAAUGUGGUUUCAGUAGAACUCGAAAUAGAUAAUGGGCAUUCCGCCAUUCAGACAGGAACUCUCACCCUUGAAAAGGAAACUGAAGUGAUGGAGGAGACGCGAAGUGUUCAGUCCCAGCGAGCAGGCCCACUUGAAAGCUCGGAAGCAGUCAGCCAGCAGCCCGUGGCUUCUGAUGCUACCCCUUCUCCUGCCACACCGGCUCAGCAAACUGUGGGAAAGCCCAGUGACAGCUCCUUAGAAGGUGAAGCGGACCAGAAAGACCUGGAAAGUGGAGAGACUGCAGCUGAAGAGGAGAAUAAGCCAAGAGAUACUGAACUGGGCGAAGAAUCAGACUUGAAAGAGAAUGAGAUCAAUGCAGAGAAACCCAAGUCAGAAGAAAGCAGAAGAAUGGAGCCCAUUGCUAUUAUUAUUACAGACACAGAAGUCAGUGAAUUUGAUGCUAAGAAAUCUAAAAACGUCCCUAAGCAUUUCUUAAUUUCCACUGAAAAUGAGCAAGUAGGGUUUUUUGCUAACGACCGUGAUUUUGAGGGUAGAACUUCGGAACAGUAUGAAACACUCUUGAUAGAAACAGCCUCUUCUCUUGUCAAGAACGCUAUCCAGUUGUCGAUAGAACAGCUGGUUAAUGAAAUGGCCUCUGAGGAUAAUAAAAUAAACACUCUUCUACAGUGACUCGAUUUCCAAGUCGUGGGAGAAAAGGCAAGGCUUAGAGAGGAACUAUUUACACAUUUGCGGCAUUCCUUCUGCAGUAACAAAUGACAGAUUUACCGUCUGUGGAUGUUAAAGGUACCAUUCCAGCACAGAAGGACUACAGAAUAGAUCAAGUUUACGAAGCUCUUUCACCACUGAACUGCAGUCAGGGCUGGCUUGGAGGAAGUCAGCAGAGACUGCAGUGCAAGGUGACAUGGUGGGAGUUGCUCCGCGGAGGCUGGCGUCCUCUGGGGAAGGAAGAUGUAUUUGUUGAGCACUUACAGUGUGCCACGCGCUUCUUCCUGUUCUGGUGUCACAGAGUGUGGUUUCCUUUCGAUAGUUCGACCCUGUGUACAGGUCAACAUCACAUUUGGAUUUCCAAGACUUUUGUGUUUUUACAGUGCACUUUUAUAGUGUUUAACAUGGUGAAUCAGGUGAGCUA